AUGAAAGAGGAACCGCUGGGCAGCGGGAUGAACUCGGUCCGCUCGUGGAUGCACACAUCUGGGGUAGUGGAUGCGAACACAGCCGCCCAAAGCGGUGUGGGUUUGGCUCGGGCACACUACGAGAAGCAACCGCCGUCCAACCUCAGAAAAUCCAACUUUUUCCACUUCGUUCUUGCGCUGUAUGACAGGCAAGGGCAGCCCGUGGAGAUCGAACGGACAGCUUAUGUGGACUUUGUGGAGAAGGACAAAGAACCAAACAAUGAAAAAACUAACAAUGGGAUACACUACAAACUACAGUUAUUGUACAGCAACGGUGUCAGAACAGAACAGGAUCUUUUCGUACGAUUAAUCGAUUCCAUGACAAAACAGGCUAUUAUCUAUGAAGGCCAAGACAAAAACCCAGAGAUGUGCCGAGUGCUUCUCACACACGAAAUCAUGUGCAGUCGGUGUUGUGAUAAGAAGAGUUGUGGCAACAGGAACGAGACUCCUUCAGACCCCGUUAUCAUCGACAGUCGUGUGGCGUGUGCUGUGUGGAUGUGCGGAGUGUGA